AUGGCCUUCGCAGCUGUGUUAGGCUCCUUCUCUGUUGUCCUGGCGUCGGUCGUCCUAAUCGUCGUGUACAUCGCCGCCACGCAGCCCAAGGUACAGGCCACUUGCGACACCUCCGACUGCAAGAACCACGUCAGCGCCUUGGGUCUGAGCCGAAUCCACGGCGCGGACCCGUGCGAGGACUUCGGCCGCUUCGUCUGCUCGGGCUGGGUGCACAAUUAUAAAAGAAUCACCACAACCCUCGUCCACGAAGUCUUGGCCGACUGGCUUUACCGAAUAGCGGAACUUACUUCGAGCAACGCGGCUGCAGGUGGCAUUUCGAACAAAGCGCAGGAAAUGAUGAUCGCCUGCGCUACGAGGACCGACGACUACGCUGCGUCCCUGAGCAGCCUCAAAAGCUUCAUGGUGGCCCUUGGGUUCGCGUGGCCAGAAAACGAGUUUCACGUUGGCCCCAACGAGUACGCCAAGUUCCUUCACCUUCUGAUCGAAUUAGAUGUGAACUGGGCUCUCCCCUUGUGGUUCCACAUAGAGCGACACGACACUUCCGGAAGCCGACGGCAAACGUUCGUCGUCCGUUCGUCAUUCAUGGCGUCCGUGUGGCAGUACUUCAACAAGGAACUCCUGGAUUACAGAGGCGCCUACGACUGGUACCUGCGCCUUUUUGAACUCUGCGUGUUUCGGGACGACCUUUCUGCUUCUCAGAUUUUCCACUCUUUCCUCAAGGACAGCGCUGACGUGCAGUUGGCCAUCGUGGGAGCCCUCGACAAUGCCGACAGAUCGAGGGUGUACCGGCCGCAACUCAUUAGACUCGGAGGCACACCGGCGUUCGCGACGAAGCUCUCACCCGUUAUGUGGAUGGACGUCUUGCGCGAGGUCUACGAGAGCGACGGCCCCGUCACUGUUGGCGACUUCCUCCUGGCGACAAACGAGCGUCUAAUGUCAGCAAUUGAGAAGCUGUUCGUGGCUUUCUCGGCGCAGACGCUUUGGUUUCAUACUACCUGGUGGUUCCUCCAAACCGUCGGCACCUUUUCGAGCAAUGUGCUGCCUGCGAUCGUAGCGGCCGUCGACUUCGGGAAGCUAGGAAGUAUGCUGAACACCGUGUACUGCGUUUUGCAAAUGGAGCUUACCUACAACGCUCUUUUAGCGGCCAUAACCAAGUCUCAAUUUACGGAAGAUGAGGUGCGCGAGAUUCCUCGCUACUUUAGUCGCAUCAAGACUCUGGCGAUUGAAAAGAUCGGUUCGAGCAACCACAUGAACGAUACCAUGAAGUCUACCCUGCUGAAUGUCCUUACGGAAACGACUACCGCCAUUUGGCCGGAAGGCGGCUUUCAGUCGCAGAGAAGCUUCGACAGGCUCUUUGGCGCGGCUGGCAACGACUCCCAUGACUUUUUCUCGCAAUGGUACCGUGCUCGUAUAGCGCUACAGAAGUCGAGAGGCAGCUCCCUAUACGAAGAGACAGUGAAGACUUACCGCGUUAACAACAACCGGCUCUUCGAGUACAAGUACAUCCCGAACGUCGUCUCGGCAUCCGCGGCCAGCCUACACCCACCGCUGUACUACUCGAACGGCACAAGCGCGAUGACUUAUGGGGGCAUCGGUUUCCUCUUUGCGAUGGAACUCGUCGACGCGCUAAAUUUUAUGAUACUGCGCCCAGUUCUCAACGGGACUACUUGGGGAGCCAACGCGACAUGGCGACUCUGGGACACAUUCUCGUGCCCUGCGGCAAAUGACAGGGAGCGGGUGUUCCCCAUGCUACCCGCUCUAGAUAUCGCUUACUCAGCGUACAAGCGUUUCCGCGACCCGAUGAAAGACUUUCCUCUCCGGGGCCUGGACUCGUACACUCCGGAGCAAAUAUUUUUCCUCACGUUCUGCCACGCUACAUGCAGGAUUGAAGGAUUGACGGGAGCUCAGUACUCCCCUGAUUGCUCUGUAGCAGUGAGGAACUUUGAACCCUUUGCUAAGGCCUUCUCAUGUGAUUCUGGCUCCAAAAUGCACCCUGCUCAUAAGUGCCGCUAUUUCUAA